ACUCACCUACCCUGCUCUCUGCUUCCUUCUCUCCACGUCCCUUCUGUGCUUAUAGCCUCCAUGGCUCCCAAAAAGCCAGAGCCCAAGAAGGAUGAGGCCAAGGCAGCCUCCAAGGGAGCUCCAGCUCCCGCUCCUGCACCUGCACCCGCACCUGUCCCUGAGCCCCCCAAGGAACCUGAGUUUGAUGCCUCCAAGGUCAAGAUCGAGUUUACACCGGAGCAGAUUGAAGAGUUCAAGGAAGCCUUCAUGCUGUUCGACCGUACACCCAAGUGUGAGAUGAAGAUCACAUAUGGGCAGUGUGGGGACGUCCUGCGGGCUCUGGGUCAGAACCCCACACAGGCUGAGGUGCUCCGUGUCCUGGGAAGGCCAAAGCAGGAAGAACUUAACUCCAAGAUGAUGGACUUUGACACGUUCCUGCCCAUGCUCCAACACAUCUCCAAGAACAAAGACACGGGCACCUACGAGGACUUUGUGGAGGGGCUGCGGGUCUUUGACAAGGAGGGCAACGGCACUGUCAUGGGCGCUGAGCUCCGCCACGUGUUGGCCACGCUGGGUGAGAGGCUGACAGAAGACGAGGUGGAGAAGCUGAUGGCUGGGCAAGAGGACUCCAAUGGCUGCAUCAACUACGAAGCAUUUGUCAAGCACAUCAUGGCCAGCUGAACCUCUCCCCACAGGGAGCCCAGGGGAGGCCACGCUGGGGACAGCUCAUCUCCCAUUCAUGCUGCUGACACCAGUGGCCUGGCAGUGUGGCACGGAGGGGCGUGCAUCGGGACUCAAGUUCUCUCUGCACAACCCUGCAGACCGCUCUGCGGGGCUGUCAUCUCCCGCCCCCAUCAGGCUUGCCUGUGACUGCAUCUCUGUCCCCACCCCUUGGGCCUCAUGAAUAAAUGGCUUCUUUCCUUCUUUC